AUGGCUCGGAAGCGUUCGGCGCCAUCCGAUGGUAAAGAUGCGCGCAAAACAUCAUUGGCCUGCCUUACUUGUCGAAAGAAAAAGGUUCGGUGUUCGGGGACCACCCCUUGUCAAUACUGUACCAAGCGCGGCUUAGACUGCACGGUUCCUGAGCAUGGACACAAACGCAUGUACAUGGCCAAUCGAAUUGAAGAACUUGAGAGCAAGUUAGCCAGAUAUGAAAGAGACGGAUAUGAUGGGCUGCCUUCCACCCUACCACCUAGGGCAUCUGAACCCCCGGUCUCAGGUACAGCUCACAAUGCCCAAAGGGAAUCUACCAUCCACCCACAAUUAUCUCAAUCUUCCCCACAAGAGUCCCAACAUAACAGAUCGAGAUCAUCAAGCUUCAUCCGUCCUUCCACUAGCUUCUCGGCACCUCUUUCCCAACCUAAGUAUCCUUCUUAUGAUGGCACUAAUGCAUCACCAGCUGCCACUAUCCUUGCUGGCUCUUCACUCAGUUCUAGCCACACCUUUGGUUCUCGCGUACAGGAUCUACUGGGCUCAUCCCGUACUGAACUAGAGCAGAACGGUAAACCCUGGGUAAGCCCUGAGGCAAAUCAAGUUCACGAAAUCAUCAGUCACCCAUGGCGCCUUUCCAGCGGCGACUUCCCGAAGCUACCACCCCGACAUGAGGCACAGCGAUUGUUGGACACUGCCCUGUUCUACAUCGGUCAGUCACAGCAUCACAUUGAUGCCCGUGAAUUUUCAGAUAAGAUGUGGGCUUUCUAUCAGAACCGUGAUGAUCCUGCUCAGCUGGAAUCACUAUGGGUUCUUGAGAUGAUUCUCAUGAUUGCAAUUGGAACACUCUUCGAUGCUAAUCCUGAAGGUAACGAUGAGUUUUCAGGCGUUGUUCUUUUUGAAUAUGCUCACAGAAAUGUGCCAACGUUAUCUGAUUUGCGUUUCAAAGGGAAAAUUGGGAUCGAGAUCUUUGCUCUUUUUGCUAUCUAUCUCGGUAACAUGAACCGCAAGGAAGAGGCGUACCUUUAUAUUAGCACUGCUAUGCGGCUUGCAAUUUCGCAAAAGUACCACAGAGUCUGUGGAACAAGACACUUGAUGCAGUCGGAGAGAGUCCAUAUGAAUCGCCUCUGGUGGACAAUCUAUAUGCAAGAACGACGCCUAGCUGCAGCAACAGGAAAUCCUCCAAGCAUAGGAGAUGAGGCAAUCAAUAUCCCUCUCCCUACUGACUCUCCAGGAUUCCCGCCUGUAGGACCUAUGUGCACAAACAUCAAGAUUGCCAGAGCUACAGGGCGUAUCUUGGCUGUACUGUACAAUCCAGAGGAUGAGUCAGAACACACCUUUAUUCCCCGUGUUCAGGACAUAGUCAAGUCUCUUUACGAGAUUUCUCAGGAAAUCCCUUCAGAUUCGGUCACGGAUGUGUACAACUUGGGCCGUGACCAAUCUUUGAGGACGACUGCUUCUCUGCAUCUGAUGCUGUUCCAGGCAACUAUCCUUACGAUUAGGCCGAUUAUGUUGCACGCUGCAAAGCUUAUUCUCAGCGGCCAUGGCCCGACAGGAGAGCAACUACAUGCUUCACCACUUGGAAGACUGUCCAGAACUUGUGCUGAAGCUGCAAGACGUCAACUCAAGGUAGUUGCCACGCUCAGAAAGCGAAACAUGAUUGCAAUCUUUGGCUUCUACGACUUUGAGGCUUCUUUCUCAGCCGCAUUCAUCAUGAUCCUCGCUGCCAUCCUGGACUCGGGUUGUGAAGAUAACUUGAAGAUUAGCCCCAAACCUGGAUUGACACAGGCGUUGGAGGAGCUACAACAUCUCGCUGACCACGGUAACACAUAUGCUCGUGAGAGAUUACACGAGGUCAAGAGGCUAUGGAAAGUGAUGGCGCAGAAGAUCGAGUCACUGCAAGUCGUCAAUGUAUCUCCCCAGGGAACAACGGGUGAUGUCCAAGCAAAUAACAGAGCGGCGCCUGCCAACGGUACAACACCAGCUGGGUUCAGUGACUCGGGUGCUCUUCCAAAUGACCCUGUCCCGGGCGCUCAAAGCCAGACAUCGCCAGACGAUUUCAUGCUUCUCGACACAGAUUUAUGGGACAAUUUCUCGAACCUCUGGGUUCCCAUGACCGAAGCGGCGGGCGGGAACUCGCAGGAGGAGAUGUUAAUGGCGGAUAUCCCGCACGAUGACUUUUACAAGCACUGCUACUCUAUGUAUAAUAAUCCGGACUGGGAUCUUACGGGAGAAGAUGUUGGGGAUUUUGCGGAGCUUGGAAGACAUAUUCAGGAUUCAUGA